CGUCUCGACUACCGUCAUUUCCGGCUCUCUGUCAGUCUCGAGAGAGCGAGCUAGCAGGCGGCAGCUUGGCUGCAGGAGCGGAGCAAUGCCUAAAUCAAAGGAACUUGUUUCUUCAAGCUCAUCUGGCAGUGAUUCUGAUAGUGAAGUCGACAAAAAGUUAAAGAGGAAAAAGCAAGUUACUCCAGAAAAACCUGUAAAGAAGCAAAAGACUGGGGAAACCUCAAGAGCACUAUCAUCUUCCAAGCAGAGCAGCAGCAGCAGAGAUGAUAACAUGUUUCAGAUUGGAAAAAUGAGGUAUGUCAGUGUUCGGGACUUUAAAGGGAAAGUCCUAAUUGACAUUAGAGAAUAUUGGAUGGAUCCAGAAGGUGAAAUGAAACCAGGAAGAAAAGGUAUUUCCUUAAAUCCCGAGCAAUGGAGCCAGCUGAAGGAACAGAUUUCUGAUAUUGAUGAUGCAGUAAGAAAACUGUAAAGUCAGAGCCAUAUAAAACCUGUACUGUUCUAGUUGUUUUAAUCUGUCUUUUUACAUUGGCUUUUGUUUUCUAAACGUUGUUUUCCAAGCUAAUGUAUAUUUGGAUUGCAGAACAAUUUGUAAGGUGAAUACUUUUUUUUUAAUGUGCAUUAUUAAAAAUGUUCUGAGUGAAGCUAAUUGUCAGCUUUAUUAAGGAGGAUUGCUUCGUGCCCACCACCUAGUGUAAAAUAAAAUCAAGUAAUACAAUCUUAAUGGUUGUGGCCUUUUUUGAUCAGAAGAGGUGAUACUGUUUGAGGCCAAAAAGAACAGUUUAUAGACCUUUCAAGUUUCAACAUUAAGAAGGAUUUGCAUAGCACUGAAUUUAUUCUUGAUUUGUGAAAAUCAAUAGUUGAUCUGUUGUCUUCCAACCAAAUGUCUAGACUUGUUUGACUUUUCCACCCCAAUGAUAUUUCACUUGCCCUUUUUUCUUCAGUUUCCCUUAUUAACUUAUCUUUUCAUGUUCAGUUUUCACUCUUUUCCUUGAAUAUGUUAUGCUAAUUUAGAAACAUCAGUGAAACUGUCAGAAUGUUAGUUAUCUUAGUAAAGCACUUGUAAUUAAAAUAUUAUAUGGGAACUACAAUCACUAAUUUUACUGUAUUAAAUAUUAGGAGAUAUAGUUUGAUUAACAAUAUGGCUUGUAUGAAAACUGAGCAAGUGUAUAGUGUUCUGUGUAGUUGUUACCUUAUUGUUUAGUCUGCAGAAAAUAAUGGCUUAGAUGUCUGAUUUGCUUUCACUUACUAAAUAUGUUCACCAUGGGAUGAUGUCUAUAAAAUCAGAUAUUGUUAAAUUAGACUAGGAUUUAAUAAAAAUUGUGAAAGCUUUACUGGCCUAACAUUUUAUUUUAUAGCAUUGAGUAUGGAUUAUAUAUAGCCAGAGAUAUCACUGAGCUUUACUGAUACAGUAGGGAAUGCCAGUUUUUAGGGGAAGGAGCAUAUACUUGUGUUUUUUUGGCCUUUCCUUCAGUAGACUUGGUUAUUUUGCAGUUAAUCUACUGGACCAUGGCAUUCUAGAUUUAAUGUUACUAAGUUUUAGCAUACAUUCUUAAAUGAUUUUUCAUAGUGAUGAAGCAGACACAGAUUGAUGCACAGAUUUCAGGGGCUUUGAAGCAAUAAAUAGGGUGUGGUAUGCCUUUGGGAAAGAAUGUAAAGGAAACUAUAAUUUAAAGAAGGUGGCAGUGAAAAGAGUUCUCUUCAAACUAAAUGAUAUACACAAAGUGAUACUUUAUAAAUAUUUUGAAAUUUUGAUCCUAUUGUUAGGACACAAUUCUAGAUAGAAUAGCAGAAAGAAAAUUUUAAAGACGUAAAAAAUUCUUGUCGAUAAAGUAGUUUUGAUAGCAAGUCUCAAAAGGUUACUGCUGUUAAAGGCUGCCAUAUGAGAGAGUUGCACUAUUCUGCUACCAAAUUUGAUUCCUGUGUCUAAAACAUUUUGUAGUAGGCUUGUCAGGGACUUGAUUUCAAAAGCAUCUGCCAGACCACAUGUAGUUACCAGUUUUUUCUGGCAGCUAUUCUGUUUAAAUAUGAUGUUUUAUAUGUUUUAGAUGACUUUUUAGUAUUUUUAGCAGUCCCCCUAAUAGGUGCCUAAUUAGGGAAAUAAAUCCUUUUUUCUGGUAUUUUAGCCUUCUUCAAAUAAUAGGUACCAAAGUGUUGAAAAUAAGUAUUUUAGACAACUCCAGCUCGAUUACCUUCUUUCCCUUACUUGGGAAUAUAUGUGUGUUCUGUUGACUUAAUUGGGUAGAUUUGUUAAGCAUUCCCUAUUUUAGUCGUAUAGGAAUGGCAGUUAGAACAUAGAAAUUUGAGUUUGGUGUAGAUGAAGAGGAAAUAAUGAGUAUAUUUCCUAGGUUUAUAUAAAUUCAGGGAUGUAUGCAUUUUAAAACAAUCUGCUAAUUCAGAGGUGAUGCUGGAGUUUAUUACGUAGGCAUUUUCUGUUUAGCAUUGUACCAGUGAAACCUUCAUAUAUGGAGUGUUUCUCUGGUAGAUUUGGAAAAUUGUUAGUCUUUUUUGAGUGUAGGAAAGGAUAUGAGAACUGGGUUAAAAGAAAAAAUGAAUGAACUUGUACUGAAAAGAAAGUAUGAGGCACUUUUGUUUUCUGUUUAAACUUUAUCUUGUUGGUAAGAUUUCUCCCAGAAGGAAAGCUCAGCAUUUUGAAAUCGGUAUCAUACUUACCUUGUAUUGCCUGAAUGAAUUUAAUUAUGCCACUACUCAGGUUUUGUCCUUACAGAUAUAUAUAUACUCAGUAGCAGGGGUUUCUAAUGGGUUUUCCUUCUUUGUCUUUUAAAGUAUGAGCAACAUUUGACCAAUUUCUAUUUCUCUUGAAUUUUGUUUAAAGAACAACCACUAAAAAAGAAAAGCUCUUUAAAAAUUGAUUAUUGUCUUGUUGCUCUGCUUCAUAAAAUGACUAAGAACUUGAAGAAUACCUCCUACCUCAUUAGCUAGGCAAGGUGCUGUGAUGAUAAACCUAUUCUACAAAAAUUUGUUUAGAAAAAGAGUUAGGAAAAAAAACCAAAAGAAAGUACAUCCUGGCUUGGCUAUUGGGGGGAAAAGAGAAAGAAUUAAGUGUUUCUGACAGAGGUAUGGUGUUAGAGUACUAUAAAAGAUGGAAAUUUUUAAAAAGUGCUGAAUAAACUUAGGUAUUUCUCCUGAAAUUCUUUGCAGCUCACUUUCUAUGGAAAUCAAUGCAGUGAAAAGCUAAGUUUUUUUUUUUGUUUGUUUGUUUUUUUAAGUGGUGUUUUUCCAGAUAAAUUCUAGGGAUAAACAUUUACAUAGUCACAAAAUGUAAUUCUGUAAUUGUGGAAUGCCUGUAUGCUCUGUUUAGUACAUCUUCCAUGGAGAUGUCAAUGAAUAUAAUACUCCCAUCUGUGAAUAUUUUAAAUGUUGAAAUAAAAAUAAGGAAUCUGC